AUGGGUAGCAACAAACUGGCAGAUUUCUUCGGAGAGCCCAGCCUGAACGCCGGCUCCCGCGCGUACGAUCGACAUCAGUUAGGUGGUGCCCCAUCAUGCUUCGCCAAAAAGAAGGGGAAGCUUUUUCUCUUGGCCAGAGAGCCCCUCGAAGACACGAUCGACCACGCUUGCAUGGACACUCUACACAUAGCAGAAAGAGUCAAAGGGAAAAUAAUCAACGAGCAGUUCCACUUGGUUCUGGUCCUGUACAUGCAAAUACUGAAGGCAAAGAAGACGCAAAACAAACUUAACCGAGGCAUCGAUGAGAAGGUCGAAAAGGCCAUUUCCGCGGCGAUCGAAUUGUACUCCUUGAUAGAGAAGCAAAGCGAAAAUAAGAACAAAAAGUACCUGAAGGAAAUAUGCUCCAUUUGUGACACUCUAUCUCAUUUGUUAAUGAGAUACAAUGAGGACGUCGUGGCUGAGCGGUGGGGGGAGGAGCUGCCCACGCCGAGGGGUGGUGACCUUGGCGGGGCUUCUGGCGAGGACACGCUGGCCGAAGAUGAAGAACCCCAUGAAGAGAAAGCGCCACUGACAGAAAAGGAACCUCAAGGUGAAGAAACGAGUGGGCCACAAGAUAGCACACAACAUACGGGAGGUGAAAAAAACGUGAAAGGAGAGAAAGAAGAAUGUCCACAUUUGGGAGAACUCCCCCAUGGAGAGACCUACUUAGAAAACGAUUUUUCAACGCGAAACUGCAUCAGAUGUCUCUACGCGGCUAAAGAAUUAAGCGAGACAGAAUACUACGACCCUCAUAGGAAGACCAAGCCGUUCAGAUAUUUCCAAUCAGGAGACCCCAAUUUGACAUUGCAGGAUAGAAAAAAAUUGAGGAAAAGAUUUAACCGCAUUUGUCGGAGUAAAUCCUACUUAUUAAAGCAAAGGAGAAGCAGUGCCUCCUCUCUAGAUGGAUCUCUCUCGAAGGGAGGAAUGAACCUUCCAAGGGAUUUGAGACGUAUCCUUUUAGGGACAAAUAAAACGAUCACCACCUUUGGCACAGAUAAGAGUGGCAAUAUAAAUGCCACCAUCGAGUUCUUUACACCCUACGGAGGGAAGGAAAAAAAUGUCAUCAACUUGAAUGAAUAUGAUUAUUUCUUUUGCAGCAGCGGUGAUGAGUCAGAGGUGCAGAGCAACACAGAUGGACAGCCACAAAAUGGAAGAACCCCAAAGGGGAACUCCCUAUUCAAUAGAAAUAACAUCUUCUACGUAGGAAAUAAAAAAGUCCUACUGAAUAGGAAAAAAAAAGAAAAAAUAAUUUUCCAGAUGAAUGCCAAUGGUAUGUUAACAAAGGAGAUCUUCAAAAAAGGAAAACAAAAUGAAAACGUUUUAAUAAAAUCGUUUAACGAAAAUGAGUGGUCAGAUGAGCAUGUCGAUUUUUGCUACCUAAAUGAACAGAAAAAAAAAGAAAAAAUUGUCAUCACGAAGGGGAGGGACGGGAUGUGCAAACGUUUAUUUCUGGACCACGAGCUGAAUGGCAAACAGGAAAGUUUCGACCUUUACAGAAGAGGCGUCUUCAGCGUUAGGGAAGUCCAUCUCUACGACGACGCGGAGGCCAUGGCGUUUCGCCUUCUCAGGAGAAGAGAAGCAAAGGACCAAAACAACCGCGAAAGAGCAAAGGACCGGAACAACCGCGAAAGAGCAAAUCUUGGGAAAGAAAAAAAAAAAUUCAAAGGCGCAGAGGGAGCCAAGACUUACCCAAGCAAACGCACCCUCGCCCACACCAAUGAAUGGUCGCUGGAAAAGGGAACAGGCAGCCCCGGGAGUAGCAAAGAAACUUCCCUGGAGAGCAUUUUUUCCAAGCUGAAAAGGAGAAAGGAAAGAUACCUCAAGGCUAUCUACCUGUGCAGUGAUAAGGAGACCGGUCCGAUUAGGAAAUCACAAAAUUUGAGACGCAUCAAAAUGAACCUUAACGGGUGGGAGAGGAGGAAGCACCCAGUGGGGAAGAGGCUCACGGGGAAGGUACCCCCCGCCGAAGGGGACAAAGCAGUCCAGCCGACCCCCCCGCAGAUGGAUUCCCCCCGAUGGGAAACCCAAAUCGGGAAGGUAAAGAAGCCCAAAAGGCCGCGCAGAGGGGGGGCAGAUGCGCCGCUUCGAAAGAGUCCUGGCUCAGCUGAGAAGAAGGGGGAAAUGGACAGAAAAGAAAAAGGGAAAGAAAGGGAAAAAGGGAAAGAAAAAGAAAAAGGGAAAGAAAGCGAAAAAUCGAAGAUGGCUGAGAAUACCAAACGGGGUGAAAAAUCCCAUACGGAUAAACACCACCUACGCGACCGCUUCACCGAGAAGAACCCCCCACAGGAUGACUCACCCAAGGAAGGCAACCACAUCAAGCUAGGCGAAAAAAAAAUAAAGUUAGGGGGCAACGCCAUGACCUAUAGCAAACGCGAAAAUGGGUAUAUGAACAUUUACACAGACGUAAAAGAAAGCAACGGAGCUGUAGCGGUCGGUACGUUUUCACUGGCCAAGUUAGCAUCCGUUAUAGAGAAGAGUCACGAGGAGGGAGAUAACCCAGAGACAGAUGGUAACCAAAAAACGAAUAAAAAAAUUGAAGAAUUUGUCUUUAAUGAAAAUUUAAAAGAUAUCAGCAUUACGUCUCAUAAUGUCAGUCGAAAGAGUUCAAAAAAUUGCGUUAAGUAUCAUCAACCCCAGGGGGAGAUUCCCCAGGAGGAAAGCGGCCACAUUUUGAAAAAGCUACAUGAAGAAAGAGAAGCCUCUGGAGGGGGACCACACGGGGUGGAGGAUGGCCAACCAAAUGGUUAUCCAACCAGCAAGGGAGGGGAUGUCAUCAGGGCAAUCUCAAAAAUGUUUAGUAAGGAAGAUGCAAAUCUAGGUGGGGAAACAGGACCCACAAAAUUGCCAACAUACAGAUUACAUAACAAUCCUGAUGGUACAACAGAUAAAAAUAUUUUCAAGAAGAGUUCCAUUUCGUUGGGUGAACUGUCUAAGAGUCCCUCGGGGGACAUGCCAAAAAAUGCUUUGGGGUAUCUGCGCGACCAUGUAGGGCGUCAACUGAGCGAUUCGCAGAGCGAUGUGAUGAGCCAUCAGCUGAAUCGCCAGAUGAGCAGCCAAGCGAGCCACCAGAUGAGCAGCCAAGCGAGCCACCAGAUGAGCAGCCAAAUGAGCGACCAGCUAGGAACCGAAGCAGAGCAGCCUUUAAAAAAUAUACCAUCCGAAGUGAGCAGCGGUUUAAAAUCAGACCCUGAGGCACCUAAGGAGGAACGAAACGUCGCUAACGAAGCGGCGGUUGCAGUAAGGACGCAGGGUGACUUCCCCAAAGGGGUUUUGCAACAGGUGAAUGGACCCCUGGAGGAAGAAAAGAAGAAACGGCAACAGUAUCUCAGCAGGGGAUUCCGGGCCUACGCCCACAUAGUGCUAUCCGAAUCGAACGUCGUCACGAGAAAGUGUAUAGUAUCCUUUGAUUAUGCGUCUAAAAAACUCAGCAUAGUAAGAAACAGAAAAGUGUUUAACAUCGAUGUGGAUAAAUUGUAUGUGCAGGAAAUGCCCACCUAUGAAGAUGACCUAGGCGUAAUAGAAUUGGUAAUUUCGGAACGGAGAUCCAGAGUGCUGCUACUGGAGUCUCGCGACCUUGUGGGGUUGCAGAACUUGGGGGAUGAAAUUGGCUGGAUCAGCACCCCGAAUGCUCGUUUAGGUUUGCACCGGGGGGGCACCUCGUUGGACACGCGAAGGACCGCGCCGCAGAAUAUGGAGGGAGGGAAAAAGGACCUAACGUACAAGCUGAAUAACCAUAUCUCAAAAGGAAAGAUAAGUUUCUUCGACAAAAUAAAGUUGAAAAGUUUUUUGGGCAAGAAAAAGUGA